AUGGUGCCCCAGGAGGAAGAAAAUUUUGAAUUAAGUUCAUCUCCAUCCAUCACUGGGGAAGUUGGUGAAGAUGUGGUCUUACUUUGUCAGAUCUCACUUGGAAAACAACUCCAAAAUAUGGAAGUUCAAUGGAAAAAAAUUAUUGGGAAUCAUGUGAGCAACAUCUACCAGUUCACAGCUCUCACUGCCCAGGAAAUCUUUGGACAAGGCUACCAAAACAGGGCAGUAUUAAUGAAGACUGGAAUAGCUUCUGGAAACGUGUCCUUAAUGCUGAAGAAGGUUCGAGUCUCUGAUGAAGGGGUCUACCGUUGCAUUGUCAAUUCUGUUGACUGGAGCGAUGACACCCAAACAGUUCUGCAUGUUACAGCUGUGGGCAAUGUCUCAGUGGAGAUUGGGGGUCCAGAUGGUGACGGGAUCAAAGUGGUUUGCAGAUCUACAGGGUGGUUCCCCAAACCUGAUCUUCACUGGUUGACGAAAAGCAGCCAAGUCAACCAACAGUGUGAAUCAAAGCAGGACUAUGAGCAGCUGUUCAGCCUUUCAAGCAGCAUGACCGUCUCAAGAGAUAUGGGAGAAAUUACCUGCUCUGUCCAGGGAAGACGCUCACAAAUGAGGCAGAAUGUCACCAUCUUCCUUUCACACAAGCGAAAAAUGUCUCAGAGGAAACGCAAUGAUGAGGAGCAAAAAAUGAUUCAAGAUAACCAGAUGAAGAUUAAUGAAUCAGAACACAAGGAACAUCAAUGGAUGCUUGAAUUUAGGAAAGCUCGAAACUAUCUAGUUCAGGUUCAUCUGGAUCAAAAGUGCAAACACCCUGAACUGUUAGUGUCUUCAGACUGCAGCAAAGUCCAUCAUCAACCUGCAUCUGGAGGGGCAGAUGUAUUUCCUGGUGCCCUGAUUGUCAUAGGAAAUGAGGGAUACAUGGAUGGGAGGCAGUACUGGGAGGUGAAUGUAAAGGAUGUGCCUGACUGGGAACUGGGAGUGCUGACAGAGGACCAAAGGAGCAAACUGGAAGCAGGAAAGCUUGAUGCCCUUGAAGAAGAGCAAUCCUGGUCUCUGAGGAGAUCAGACGGGAGGUAUCACCCUGAGGAGGCAAAUUCUGAGCUUGAAAAAUACAGUCUUUCACUUAAAGUAGUUGGUAUUUAUCUGGACUGGAAAGAAAAGUCUGUUUCAUUCUAUCAUGUGAAAGCCAUGACAGCUAUUGUAAAAAUGCCUGUCAGUACAACACCCCAGAAGCUGUAUCCGUUCUUCAGCCUUUGUCACUCCAAAGGGCAUGAUAGAGAGAAGGCCCUCACCAUCUUACAUAACAAAGAUUGGGAUUUCCCAGAACACAUAGAAGCUUUCUAA